UCUUACAUGGAUUCCUCAUUCGAAGCAACAUAACAAAGGACAAAAAGUACGAGAAUCUCGAGAACAACACAUAUAUAGGUACGUACAAUUAAUGGAGGUUGCUACUGGCUUUCGCUUCUUUCCGACAGAAGAAGAGUUAGUUUCCUUCUACCUACACAAUCAGUUAGAAGGCAAGAGACAAGACAUGCACCUUGUUAUCCCAGUCCUCAACAUUUAUGAUGUAGAGCCAUGGGACCUUCCACAACUAGCUGGGGAGUUUUGCAGAGGAGACACUGAGCAAUGGUUUUACUUUACACCAAGACAAGAGAGGGAAGCUCGUGGAGGGAGGCCUAACCGAACUACGACUUCUGGAUACUGGAAAGCAACAGGGUCUCCCAGCUAUGUCUACUCAUCAGAUGACCGAGUCAUAGGAAUGAAGAAAACCAUGGUCUUUUAUAACGGAAAAGCUCCUUCUGGGAGGAAAACCAAAUGGAAGAUGAACGAAUAUAGAGCCAUAGAAGCAGUAGCCAAUCCACCUGCUGCUGCUACUCCUACGUUGAGACACGAAUUCAGCUUGUGUCGAGUCUAUGUGGUAUCAGGCAGCUUUCGAGCAUUUGAUAGACGCCCACUAGAAGCUGUGUCACGAGGAACACAACUUCAUGACAACAGGGCUGCAACAUCUUCUGAGAGAGCCACAAUGAUGGAGAUAACAAGCUCCUCAGGUACUUCACACUCUGGAGGAGACCACCAUGAUCCUCCAGAGGCCAGUGAAGAUGAUAUUUGGGACAUUGUUAAUGAUCUGGAACAACCUGACUUGGGAUGGGAACAAAUGAACUGGACCUGAGUUAAGCAAUAUUGGUAGGUAACCGGCCCUUUAUAUGACAUGAUAGAAUUGUACCACAAAGCAUGUGCAAAACCUAACUUUAGUAAGUAGUCUGUAGGUUAAGGGAAUGUAAUAGCAAAUAAGCAAGAUCUAAAGAGAUCAUUUUAUGUAAAAUAGGAUUAAUUUUUUUGAGAAAUUGAAGCUUAGGAAAAAUCCAAUAGUUUUUGUAGAGAUAUCUGCCACUGCUAUUUGGCUCUAUUCAGAUUGAAGAUGCACUUACUAUUAUUCCUCUGCUAAACCUCCAUGUAAAACUCAACAUUCGACAUAAUAACCUGGAGUCAAGCAAACAAGAUAAUGAAUAUAGCAUUUUGAAAAUAUGACAAAGUUUGAGGAAUUACUACCACAGCAACAGUCAAUUCAUUAAAAAAAUCAUAAUGAACGUAAAGGAUAAACAAGAAAAAAUGUAGUCAGCCUAUCUUCUUAUUAACCCGAUAAACAUCUAAGGCAAAGUUUUGUUGAGUCAUAACCAUGCAUGC